AUGAGGCUCCUCGUCCCCGACGGCGCGCGCCAGCGCUCCGAGGCCGCGGCCGCCACGCCGCGCCGGCACCGCCCGUCGCCCGAGGCGCCGCCGGAGGCUAGCGGCAGGACGGUGGCGGUCGGGAUCAGGUGGGACGCCGCCAGCCGCGAGCUCCUCACGUGGGCGCUCGUCAAGGUCGCCAAUGCCGGCGACCGCGUCGUCGCCCUCCACGUCGCCGCCGGAGGCGGAGGAGGGGCUGGGCUGGAGGAGAGGAGGAAGGCGGCGGAUUCGCUCGCGACGGUGCUCGCCGUGUACGACGGCUUCUGCAACCUCAAGCAGAUCAAUUUGGAGCUCAAGGUCUGCGGAGGAUCGUCUAUCCGGAAAACUCUGGUUAAAGAAGCAGCUUCUUGUGGUGCUGGGCAUCUUAUACUCGGCGUCGCAAAGAAUUCUCGGUCUUUUGGAUCCUCCUCCACUUCAGUUGCCAAGUACUGUGCAAAGAGAGUCCCCAUGAGUUGCUCGGUUCUUGCUGUGAACAAUGGCAAGAUUAUUUACCAAAGAGUUGCCGCACACGAAGAACCAUUCAAUAGCACUAGCGCACCCGAGACUCCAAGGAGGAGUUACCGCAAGCUUCUGACUUCCCUGAUGGGAGAGAAAACGCAGGACGAAUGCAUAAAGGAUAACAGGCCCAUUUCUCGGGCUGUCACCAUGCCAGUGAGGUCUUCCACAUCGUCAAAGCAAGUUUCACUAGCAUUGGUUCCAGUUAAGGUUUGCCGACGUGAAUCACCAGAAGUAGCAACUGGCUGGCCAUUCCUAAGGAAGAAAUUAUUGCCCAAUCGACAGGAUGCGUUGUCUGACAAGCCCAAGAUGUCUGUGGUGCAGUGGGCAAUGCGGCUUCCGAGCAGGGUAGUUAUCCCCUCCAGAAGCCAUUCAGGGAGCUCUUCUGUUGUGAUUGAGGAAUUGGAUACAGAAACUCCAGAGGAGCUGAUCUCACUCAAAGAGAAAUUCUUGUCCCUUUAUUCGUCGUACAGUUACAAUGAGCUUGCAGAUAUCACUUCCAAUUUUUCACCUGAGUGUAUAGUUGGACAAGGUGGCACGAGCCAAGUCUACAAAGGUUGUUUGACAAAUGGCAAAGAGUUGGCAGUGAAGAUCCUGAAGUAUUCCGAUGAGGUACUGAAGGAGUUCACAUCAGAGAUCGAGAUUGUCAGCUCCGUCAUUCACAAGAACAUCAUAUCCAUCACUGGCUUCUCCUUCAAGAACAAUGAUCUUCUAUUGGUAUAUGAAUACUUGCAAAGAGGCAGCCUAGAAGAAAUACUGCAUGGCGAGAAAGAAUGCAAGAGCAUGUUUGGUUGGACCGAGAGGUUCAAUGUGGCGGUAGGUGUUGCUCAUGCACUGGAUUAUCUCCAUGGUAACGGCAACAGUCGCCCAGUGGUCCAUAGGGAUGUCAAGUCGUCCAAUAUCCUCGUCUCAGAGGAUUUUGAGCCAAAGUUAUCAGACUUUGGCCUUGCGCUCUGGGCCGCUGAUGCAACACCCCAGAUCACAUGCAAUGAUGUUGCAGGAACUUUUGGGUACUUGGCUCCUGAGUACUUCAUGCAUGGCAAGGUGAACGACAAAAUCGAUGUUUUCGCUUUUGGUGUUGUUCUUCUUGAACUCGUCUCAGGCAGGAAACCGCUGUGCACUGGUUGUCCGAAAGGCCAGGAGAGUUUAGUUAUGUGGGCGAAUUCUAUCAUCCAAGGUGGAAAGCUCACACAACUGGCCGAUCCUAGCUUGCCUACCGAAGGCCAUACCGAUGAAAUUGAGAGGAUGACACUUGCCGCUUCGCUCUGCAUCAGACCAACACCUCAACACCGUCCUCACAUCGCAGUGGUUCUGAAGCUACUUGAUGGUGACAAUGACAUUCUCAAAUGGGCUAGAUCGCACGUGGGGCUAUCAUACAAGAGCGAUGGCGACGAAGACAUGGUCACGCUCGCACCUCCGGAGAACAACACCAACAUCCAGUCGUACAUCAAUCUCGCCUUUGACGUCGAGGACGACUCCGCCUCGGUGAGCAGCAACGACUUCAUCACGGCAAACACGUCCCUGGAAGAGUAUCUGCAGGGAAGAUGGAGCCGGUCGUCGAGCUUUGACUGA